UAGCCGGCCGACGGACGGACGGCAGCGGACCAGACCGACACUGCGCCGCCGGCGUCACCAUGGGACCUCCCCGGCGCCCGCUGCUGCUGCUGCUGCCGGCGCUGCUGCUGGUGCAGCUGCAGCUGCUGACGCCCGCUGCCGCCACCACACCGCCCCAUGACUACUUUCGACUCCGGCGAGCCUGCUUCGUCCGCGGCUCCGUCCGAAAGUGCAGGGUUAUCCUCGCCGACUGCCUGCUGAAGAAAUGCAGCAGAGGCGAAAUGUGCGCUCUCAGCCCAGCAAACGAAGUCGUAUGCCUGCCUAAAAAUAGCUGGGAUGUUAAAAAUUGUGGUUCUGAGUCCCAGCGAAAGUCACAGCCUUGUCCAUCGGGCACAACCAUCGUGGGCUUCGGCAGAGGCUGCAACUACUGCAUCAAAGGUUCGGUGGCGCCUGCCACCAACAGAGCGUGUGUGGUUCGACGCAGCGGCGGCGGCGUCCGGAGGGAAUGCAUCGACAUCUCAGCCCGGUGCCGACAGCGAGGAUGUCCCGGGGACACCGUGUGUGGCCUGGACCUCAACGAACGCAUCACCUGCUUUCCGCGAUCAGUAAAAGACUUCCAAAACUGUCGCUCAGAAUCUUUCAGACUUCAGCAACCCUGCCCUGCAGAUGCAGGAAUCCGAGGCUUUGGAAUGGGAUGCACCUUCUGUAGAGGCGGCAAUCCAUUUGCUCCUCCCAAGAGGGCCUGCGUGGUACUCUAUAGGCACGGUGGUACCGAUAAAAAGGAGUGCGUUGACAUAUCAGAGAGGUGUAAGAGGCGCGGCUGUCCUAGCUCCACAGUGUGUGGCCUAGACCUGCAGGAGAAGAUCACCUGCUUCCCGCAAUCAGUGAGGGCGAUCCAGAACUGUCAGUCGGAAGCUUUCCGGCUCCAGCAGCCCUGUCCUGCGGAUACCACGAUACGAGGAUUCGGAAUGGGAUGCACGUUCUGCGACAGCUUCAAUCCAUUUGUAGUACCCUCGCCGUCUCCGGCUCCGAUUGUUACACGGGCAUGCGUGGUACGUCGCCUAGAAGGUGGUGCCAUUAAACGAGAGUGUGUUGACAUCUCAGCUCGCUGCAAACGAAGAGCGUGUCCUGGUGAUACCGUUUGCGGCCUUGAUCUCAACGAGAACAUCGUCUGCUUCCCACGAUCAGUUAAAGACUAUGAGAAUUGUCGUUCAGAAUCCUUCCGACUUCAGCAGCCCUGUCCUGCAGAUGCAGGAAUCCGAGGCUUUGGAAUGGGUUGCACCUUUUGUGUAGGCGGAAAUCCAUUUGUGGUACCAAAUCCAUCCCCGAGGCCAACUAUCCCUUCUGCUACUGAAAGAGCCUGUGUGGUGCGUCGUCUACAAAAUGGCAUCUUCAAGCGAGAGUGUAUUGAUAUAUCAGACAAGUGCAAACAGCGAGCUUGCCCGGGAGACACUGUGUGUGGUCUCGACCUACGGGAGAACAUUGUCUGUUUCCCUCGGACGGUGAAGGACUUUGAGAAUUGUCGUUCAGAAUCCUUCAGACUUCAGCAACCCUGCCCUGCAGAUGCAGGAAUCCGAGGCUUUGGAAUGGGAUGCACUUUCUGCAUCGGCGGCAAUCCAUUUGCUCCUUCUCCCAAGAGGGCCUGCGUGGUACUCUAUCGGCAUGGUGGUACCGAUAAAAAGGAAUGCAUUGACAUCUCGGAAAGAUGCAAAAGGCGCGGCUGUCCUAGCUCCACAGUGUGUGGCCUAGACCUGCAGGAGAAGAUCACCUGCUUCCCACAAUCAGUGAGGGCGAUCCAGAACUGUCAGUCGGAAGCCUUCCGACUCCAGCAGCCCUGUCCUGCGGAUACCACGAUACGAGGAUUCGGAAUGGGAUGCACGUUCUGCGACAGCUUCAAUCCAUUUGUAGUACCCUCGCCGUCUCCGGCUCCGAUUGUUACAAGGGCAUGCGUGGUACGUCGCCUAGGAAAAGGUGUCGUUAAACGAGAGUGUGUUGACAUCUCAGCUCGCUGCAAACGAAAAGCGUGUCCUGGUGAUACCGUUUGCGGCCUUGAUCUCAACGAGAACAUCGUCUGCUUCCCACGAUCAGUUAAAGACUUUGAGAAUUGUCGUUCAGAAUCCUUCCGACUUCAGCAGCCCUGCCCUGCAGAUGCAGGAAUCCGAGGCUUUGGAAUGGGUUGCACCUUUUGUGUAGGCGGAAAUCCAUUUGUGGUACCAAAUCCAUCCCCGAGGCCAACUAUCCCUUCGGCUACUGAAAGAGCCUGUGUGGUGCGUCGUCUACAAGAUGGCAUCUUCAAGCGAGAGUGUAUUGAUAUAUCAGACCAGUGCAAACAGCGAGCUUGCCCGGGUGACACUGUGUGUGGUCUCGACCUACGGCAGAACAUUGUUUGUUUCCCUCGGACGGUGAAGGACUUUGAGAAUUGCCGUUCAGAAUCCUUCCGACUUCAGCAGCCCUGCCCUGCAGAUGCAGGAAUCCGAGGCUUUGGAAUGGGAUGCACUUUCUGCAUCGGCGGCAAUCCAUUUGCUCCUCCUCCCAAGAGGGCCUGCGUGGUACUCUAUCGGCAUGGUGGUACCGAUAAAAAGGAAUGCGUUGACAUCUCGGAAAGAUGCAAAAGGCGCGGCUGUCCUAGCUCCACAGUGUGUGGCCUUGACCUGCAGGAGAAGAUCACCUGCUUCCCGCAAUCUUUGAGGGUGAUCCAGAACUGUCAGUCGGAAGCUUUCCGACUCCAGCAGCCCUGUCCUGCAGAUACCACGAUACGAGGAUUCGGAAUGGGUUGCACGUUCUGCGACAGCUUCAAUCCGUUUGUAGUACCUUCCCCGUCGCCGAAGCCAACGCUACCUCCUUCCUCCGAGAGAGCCUGCGUGUCACGCCGUCUACAAGAUGGCACAUACAAACAGGAAUGCAUUGAUAUUUCACUGCAGUGUCAUAGACGCGGAUGUCCUAGGUUCAGCGUGUGUGGCCUGGACCUCGAGGAAAACAUCACCUGCUUCCCGCAGUCGGUGAGGAAGUUCGAGAAUUGUCGUUCAGAAUCGUUCAGAUUAAAGUGGCCGUGCCCGGCUGAUUCCGGGAUCCGGGGCUUCGGGAUGGGCUGCACGUUCUGCGUUCCUUGAUCCAUUUGUGUGUUCAGUGUUCCUCUUGUAAGUAACUAAAGAUGUCGUUAUGUUUUCGGGUAUGCACGCAUUUUGCAAGCCGCAUGUAAAACCUGGAAAAGCGAUUUACCUGUCCAAACCUGAAGGUAAAGGAUUUAACUAAAAAAACGGCUGAUCAUGGCGGAUCCUCGCUAUUCGGGUUGUUACUGCAAUGUCAAUAUUGAACAAAUAAAGUGAUGACUGUUAUAACUAUGAGGUUGAGACGCUGCCAAAUAUAUGACGCUGCCAAAUAUUCAUAUUAUCUAUGAUGA